UAGUAGUGCUGGUGGUGCUGGUAGUAAUAGUAAUAGCUGGCCGCAAGUGAUCAUCAUUCUUCAGUGGUCUGAUCCAUCCAGGUUAGCACGCCAAGUCGUCAAGGUAGCAAUCCAGCAUGCGUGCAGCAGGCGAACACUCAGAGUCAAUGAACUAGCUACUGAUCAUCGAGUUCCCUCAAGCAACAUCGGCCAUUCAUGGGGUGGUCAGCUCCGAACGAACGAACGAACGGACGGACGAAAGAACGAAUAGUCGUGAGAUUUCUUCUACGGGAGCGAAGAAAAAAAAGAUUAAUCCGCGCAUCUCCAUUCUCCACUUGGCUUCGUUCCGUCGGCCCGUCAGUCGCUCUUACAUCUUUGACGAUCUCGGAUGUGUGUGGGAAACCUGGGGUAGCGAGUUUGUCUUCUCAGAAGCGUGUGCAAUAAUAACAAUACAAAUAGCAAGAAGAAAUAAGCUCAAAGCGAUUCAAGAUGUCAUCGGUUGGUGUGCCAGUUCCUAAAGUGGAAGCCAUGGAUAUGACUGGCUAUGAUCAUUACGAAGAGUUCUACCCAGUGGUCUGUGGAGCAUCCACGCCUAUAUCCCAAAUCUAUCCCGUGGAUGUGUCUCAAAAUUAUUCACCCACCGACAGUGGCUAUUUCACAUCGCCUUAUUCUGGCGGAACUUCUAAUUAUUUUGAGUCCCAUCUUGGCGGCCAGGAUGCCAAUCAAAACUUGGUCUCGAACUGCGAAUCCGCCACUCUCGAGGCUGGUUUCAACAACAAUGUAGACUAUCCAUCCUCGAUUGAUUCCCACCUGCAUCAACCAACAAAUAAUCCACACGACCCAACAACCGGGAUCAACAUUGAGCUUCACUAUUCACAAAACAAUCAUUCUCAAGCAGAUGGAAUCCUUUCGCCGACGAAUUGCUCAAUCCAGUCAAAUGGAGUCCCACGUGCUACCAAGUCCAAAUCGUCCAAAACGAGUAAGACCAAGAAGCCCCACAAGAUACCCAAAGCAUCUCGAUAUUUUCUUCACGGGCCGAACUCGAAGCCCGAGAAUGGUGACAAAAAAAAGUCAAGCAAGCCGAGAAAAUCGGACAAGAACUUACCUGUGGAAAUCCGCGUCAAACGUCGGAGGGCCGCCAAUGCUCGAGAGCGGAAGCGAAUGAAUGGGUUAAACGAUGCAUUCGAACGCUUGAGAGAACACAUUCCCAAUCUAGGCAAUGAUAGAAAGCUCUCCAAGUAUGAAACCCUACAGAUGGCUCAAACAUACAUUGGUUCCUUAAAAGAGCUUCUUCACAUCGGAUAGUCGUUGGAAAGCAGUGUUAUUACAUACAUACAUAUAUAUUACCUAUCUCGAUCUCAGUUCAGUCGAAAUGUUGUGCAAUUUGUCGUCCAAACAGUAUUCUUUUCCCUUCUAAUUUUUACGAAAUAUUUGGUGUUUUCUCCUCCUAUACAAGGCUGUGAACGUUUUUCAUUCUUUUAUUGUUUCCCAGACUUUAAUUGUUAAAUAUCAUGUCAUCCCUUCAUGAAUCAUGUGCAAUGCCUAACAACAAAUGUGAUUUUGGUUAGAAAUAUACUCGUAUAUCCUGUCUUAAAGAAC